ACGGCUACAAAGUUCAUGUGCUUAGAGGGAGGGUGCGGAGCCUGUGUGGUAUCGAUCAAGGGGAAACAUCCUGUUACGGGCGAUACUCAAACGUGGGCAGCAAAUUCGUGCCUUACCCUGUUGAACACUUGCAGUAAUUGGGAAAUCACCACCUGCGAAGGAAUUGGCAAUAAGCGCGAUGGCUACCACCCAAUACAAAGGAGAAUGGCUAAAAUGCAUGGAACCCAGUGCGGAUUCUGUACUCCAGGCUUCGUCAUGAAUAUGUAUAGUUUGUUGGAGGCGAAAGGUGGCAAAGUAACUAUGGAGGAAGUGGAAAAUUCAUUUGGGGGUAAUAUCUGCAGAUGUACCGGCUACAGGCCUAUUUUGGAUGCAAUGAAAUCAUUUGCAACUGAUAGCAAUAUACAAGUGCCUGAAGAAUGUCAGGAUAUUGAAGAUCUGUCGAAGAAGACAUGCCCGAAAACAGGACAAAGGUGUGCCGGCCUGUGUCACAAGCCCUUGCCAACUUUAACUUACGAUGACGGCAGCCAUUGGUAUUGGCCGAAGAACAUUACUGAAUUGUUUGACAUACUGGCGAAAAUAGACGCCAAUGAACACUACAUGCUUGUCGCCGGUAACACAGCGCAUGGUGUCUAUCGUCGGUCGGAGUCGUUGAAGCAUUUUAUUGAUGUCAAUGCCAUUCCUGAUUUGAAGAAACACGAUGUGUCCAAGGAUAAAUUGAGUUUGGGUGGCAACAUUAGCCUCACCGAAGCAAUGGACAUCUUCACAAAAGCCUCCGAACAGUCGGGCUUUGAGUAUUGCCAACAGAUGUGGCAACACUUCGAUUUGAUAGCCAAUGUACCGGUGCGAAAUACUGGUACAUUGGCCGGCAACAUCUACACCAAAAAGGAACAUGAAGAAUUCCCAUCCGACAUAUUCCUGACAUUAGAGGCUCUCAAUGCACAAGUGGUUGUAGGCUAUUCCACUGAAAAGCGGGAAACAAUGUCCUUAUCUGACUACCUCAAGGACAGCACAUCGAAGUCAGUAAUUAUUUCAUUCGAGCUGCCACCAUAUCCCAAGGAAACGUUCAUUUUCAAAUCGUACAAGAUAAUGCCACGGGCUCAGAACGCACACGCUUAUGUAAAUUCAGCCUUCUUAUUGGAGGUGGACCCAUCUACGGGGGUAGUAAAGAAUUGUCGUAUCUGCUUUGGCGGCAUACGCCCAGAUUUUGUCCAUGCUGCUACCGUUGAGGAUAUUCUUAAGGGCCAGUGUUUCUAUGAAAAAGAUAUUGUGGGAAAAUUGUUCGCAGCCUUGGAUAAUACGCUACAGCCAAAUGAAGUUCUGCCAGAUCCAUCUCCCGACUAUCGGCGCAAAUUGGCAUGCGGCCUUUUGUUGAAAUUUCUCUUGGAGAGUGCACCCGAAGACAAAGUAAAACCAGAAUUUCGCAGUGGAGGACUAAUAUUAAAGAGAGAGUUGUCAUCGGGCAUUCAGUCAUUUGAAACUCAAAAAAAAUUCUAUCCAGUAACCCAGCCUGUUGAAAAAAUAGAAGGUCUCAUUCAGUGUUCGGGUGAAGCUACAUACAUGAACGAUACUCUAACACCUCAUAAUGCUGUGUACUGCGCUUUUGUCACAGCCACCAAAGUUGGCAGCACCAUUGAGCAAAUUGACGCAUCCGAAGCUCUGGCAGUCCCUGGAGUAGUAGCAUUUUACUCGGCGAAGGACAUUCCUGGAACUAACACCUAUGUUGACGAAGGUUUUGGAUAUGAGAAAGAGGAGAUAUUCUGUUCGGAAUCGGUUCGUUACUAUGACCAGCCACUGGGAAUGAUUGUGGCCUUUAGUAGUGACAUAGCUAACCGCGCCGCUUGCAAAGUCAAAGUAAUUUACUCCAAGGGGGCAGACUUGAUAAUGCCCACUCUGCCAGACGUAUUUGCUAAUAAUCGCAUGGAACGGAUUCACAAUAUAGCCCCUUCAAAGGUUAAGGACAUUAAGCUAUCCGAAGCUGCAGAUAUUUCUGGCAAGGGAAUUUUCGAAAUUGGCUUGCAGUACCAUUUCACGAUGGAGCCACAAACAUGUAUUGUGGUACCAUUUGAACAGGGCCUGCAAGUGUGGGCCACAACACAAUGGAUGGACCACACACAAGCUGUAAUAUCUAAAAUGCUUCAGAUUAAAGCGGCGGAUGUCCAGUUGAAGGUCAGACGCUUGGGUGGCGGCUAUGGGAGCAAAAUCAGCAGAGGGAACCUUGUAGCGUGUGCAGCUUCAUUGGCUGCUUACAAAUUGAAUCGUCCCGCCCGCUUCGUACAAACUAUUGAGUCCAUGAUGAACUGUAAUGGCAAACGCUGGGGUUGUCGUUCGGACUACGAGUUUCACAUCAAGUCUAAUGGUAAAAUUGUGGGUUUGAAGAACAUAUUCUAUGAAGACGCCGGCUGCACCUUAAAUGAGAAUCCCAUUGACGGUCAUUCAACAUUCUGCGCUAAGAAUUGUUAUGCAUUUACAAGUGACAACCUUAAGAUCGAGGGAAAUGCAGUGGUGACGGAUGCUACCAGUUCGACAUGGUGUAGAGCACCAGGAUCAGUAGAAGGUAUUGCCAUGAUUGAAAAUAUUUUGGAACAUAUUGCAUUUGAAGCCAAUAUAGAUCCAGUUGAUGCUCGUAUGGUUAACAUUGAGGACGGCAGCAAACUGAAAGAGCUGCUGCCACGCUUCGUUGCCUCUACAGAGUAUAGGAAGAGACGACAGGAAAUUGACGAUUUCAAUUCCAAAAAUCGCUGGUUGAAAAAGGGUCUCGGUAUUGCAAUAAUGGAUUAUCCCAUCUUCUAUUUCGGGCAGUAUCCAGCCACAGUCUCAAUUUAUCAUACGGAUGGUACCGUAGUUAUUUCCCACGGUGGGAUUGAAAUGGGCCAAGGCAUGAAUACUAAAAUAGCUCAAGUAGCUGCGUAUGUCCUGGGCAUUCCAUUGGAAUUCAUAAAAAUUGAAUCAAGCGAUACCAUCAAUGGUGCCAAUUCCAUGGUCACUGGUGGUGCAGUGGGCAGUGAAAGUUUAUGCUUUGCUGUACGUAAAUGCUGCGAAGAACUAAAUGGCCGCUUGAAGCCUGUAAAGGAAUCCUUAAAGAGCAAUGCCUCGUGGGUGGAUGUGGUACAGUCGGCGUGGAAUAAAAAUAUUAACAUGAUCGCGAGUGAUCAUUACAAAAACGGUGAUAUGCAAAACUACCACAUUUAUGGCCUCGCCUUGACCGAAGUUGAGGUCGAUAUUUUAACCGGCAACCAUUUGAUCAAGCGGGUGGAUAUCUUAGAGGACACGGGUGAAAGUUUGAGUCCCUACAUCGACAUUGGCCAAAUUGAGGGUGCCUUUGUAAUGUGUCUGGGUUACUGGCUAACGGAACAACUGGUUUACGAUCGCCAAACCGGCCAGCUUAUGACAAAUCGAACUUGGAACUACAAACCUCCAGGUGCUAAAGACAUCCCGAUCGAUUUCCGUAUUGAAAUGUUGCAGGGUUCUGCAAAUCCUGCAGGAUUUAUGCGCUCCAAAGCUACCGGAGAACCACCCUGUUGCCUGGCUAUCAGUGCAAUUUUCGCCAUUCAACAUGCCAUUCAGUCGGCUAGAAAAGAUGCAGGCCUCAAGAGAGAAUGGGUUCGUUUGGGUGCUCCCACAACUCCCGAAACCAUAGUGCUGAAUGCGGGUAACGAUGUGUCUUCCUAUACUUUGGAAUAG